AUGGAGGAAGACUCGGAGUUUUCCCAGAGCGUCGCGCAGAUUGUCCAGCGGCUCCGAGGAAGCACUUUACAUUCUCAGAUCGAGAGACAAGCUAAAGACUGUUUACACCGACCCGAGAUAAAAUUGCAGUGUCUGAAAGAAGACGUGCGUAAAUUUCUCAAAACCUCAGGUUGGGAGAAAAAGCUGCAGAAUGCUGUUUACAGAGAGCUGCACAUCCAGCUGCCUUCGAGCCAUCCCAGAGCUCCUGCAGAGCAUUGCAAAGAGCCUCUGGCCUACAUGAGGAAGGCUCAGGACAACUGGGAGAAGCGUGUCCUCAAAAGCCUGAACAGUAUGAGUACGGAGCUCGAAGUACCCCUGUCUCGCAAGAGGCCUGCAGCCGAGCAGAAGGAGCUCAUCAACAAAUGGAACGAGAUGGGCACGGACGAACCAGCUUUGAGUCGCUUCAGGCCUGUCUACGCCCCUAAAGACUUUCUUGAGGUUCUGAUCAGUUUGAGGAACCCCAACCACGACAGCCGUGAGGACGUCAGCACCCGGAGCCACUGGGGUCUCAUUCAGGUUCCCCUCGAUGUCAGGGACCUCCCACAGCUGAGAAAAGUCUACUCAGAGCUGAACCUAAACAUGGGGCAGUUGGGGAUUGACGACGUCGCAAACAUCCAUCCAGACUUGUUUGAAAGCGAUUACGUUCACAUCGGAAAAAAAGUUGUUUUGGCGCAGGACAGCGCCGCAGCACAGCAGUACAGCAGGCGGGGCUGCCCCACCGGGCUCCGGGCGGACCUGUGGGCCCUCAUCCUCAACUCCACGAACCAGCCGCAGGACGUGAUGCAUUACGAACAACUGAAGGCUGGAGUCAUACAUCACGACCUGCUGGUUGAUAACCUCAUCUACAAGGAUGUGAAGCUCACUGCCAGCAACGACGACUACUACUUUGUGUUUGAAGACUUCCUCUAUCAGGUUCUGCUGUGUUUCUCUCGAGACACCGCCGUCCUGGAGCACUUCAAGUACAGCAGCGCCACUCCGCCCAGAUCCUCCCUUCAUGGUAAAAUGGGAGACGAGGAGCGUGCUGUUCUUUAUCCUCCCAAUGGUGUAAUUCCUUUUCACGGCUUUUCGAUGUACGUGGCUCCCUUAUGCUUCUUGUACAACGAGCCGUCCAAAUUGUACAGCGUCUUUCGGGAAAUGUACACCCGCUACUUCUUCAGGCUGCACUCCAUCUCUUCUUCUCCUUCAGGCAUCGUGGCCCUCUGCCUGCAGUUUGAGCGGCUGCUCCAGACCCACCUGCCUCAGCUCUUCUACCACCUUCGGCAGAUCGAGGCUCAGCCCCUGAGGAUAGCCUUUAAGUGGAUGGUGCGGGCCUUCUCUGGUUACCUGUCCACUGAUCAGCUGCUGCUGCUUUGGGAUCGAAUCCUGGGCUAUAAUUCCCUGGAGGUGAUUGCAGUUCUCGCGGCUGCAGUGUUUGCUUUCCGCGCCGAGAACCUGAUGGAGGUGACAUCACCGGCCUCGGCUGAGGCUGUCCUCGCGGACCUUUCAACUCUGAAGGUUAUGCCACUCAUCCAGGUCUUUCUUUUCGCCACUGCCGUCUGAAGAUGGCUGAGACGAAGGUGACGGUCCCUCUGUGCCCCCGACCACACCAAGCACGACUCAUCGAUCAGCAGCGAACAGGAGGAAGGAAGGAAAACCGGCUCACUUCAUCUGGUUUAAGCAAAAAGUCGAACCCAGCUUUAGCACGUACGCACUAUGAAUAAACUCCUUUCGCGAUGCUAUUAGAUGUCAUACAGUAAGUGAAUCCUACAGACGGGUCAGGCCGGCCAUGAGGGAAAACGAUCCUCGCAGCAGAGAAACAGUAAUUGUGUUGCAACACAUGACAGGAAGCAACUACACUACUGUCUCCAAGCAUGGCUAACGAAGUGUUAAUUUAUUCCGCUCUGCUUCUUAUCGUGAACGAGUCGACGCGCUGCUUUCCAGCAUGUUGAACUGAAACUGUGAUCGAAAGGAGAAAAAAAAACAAGCACUGUAAUACUGAUGUGAAAAAAGCUGCACACUACAUGCGUUUUACUGUUUAUGAAGGGGUUGUGUAAUACGUUUUUGUACGGAAGCCCAAAGAGGACACGCUUAGAAUUGAAUUUUCAUGACCUUAUCUCAACAUAUGUUAUCUCAUCAUAACAAAGCUGAGUUUCUUGUGAUUACAGGUUAAUAUUUUUAGUUAUUUUUAUACAAAACCCCUGACGUAUGUCAAACUCGAGAGCCAUGGACCAAAUCUGGUUUUCCAAGACGAUAAUUUAAAGGUCAAAUAUUUUAUAUCUUCUAAUUUUUUUCUUAAAACAAAAAAAGAUAAAUACAUACUUUAAUGUAGACUAGACUUCUCUUGGCAGCUGGCUAAGUUGAAGCCAGAAAGACGGCUGGAUCAUUCUGUCAUUAUUGAUUCUGAUGUGGAAAGAGCAACAGAACGUCAAGUGAGUCAUGAACCUGCAACCAAAAAAGAUCCGACUCGAGUUAGGUAUCAGCUGGAAGUGGCUCGGACAAAGUUUUUAAAUUUUGGCCCCUUUUGGUAACUGAGUGCGACCCUCCUAAUCUAGAUGAUCUAAAUCAGUUGUUUAUAAUCUUGGGAUAACGGAGCUUGUUUUUAUGAAAAUAACGAGUUAGUGAUACGCUUAUGCCACGGUUCAGAACGAUACGGUACGAGAAAGAAACAAAGUUUCUUUAUUUGUCAUACGCACC